AUGGCGGGCGAGCUCGGCCCCGUCUCCAUCCUGGGGCCGUUCGAGGGCAUACGCCUGGUGCACAUCGCUGAUUUCGGAGGUCCCGGGAACGACAGCCUGUCGCUGGCUGCGGUGGACGUGUUCUCCGCCGGGCCCGCCGCCGCCGCCGCCGCGCUGCGGGCCGCGCUGGGCACGCUGCCGCCGCGGGCCCCGCGCGGCCUCCAGCUGGGGUGCCUGCCGCUGGAAUGCCAGAUCGAGGCGCAGGCCGCCGUGGAGGAGGCGUUGCCGGGCCUCGCCUUCAUGUGCCAGCUAGGCCGCGCGCGUGCCUUCGCGGCGCCAGCAGGGCCGGCGCGGAGCGCGGUGCCGAGCCCGGCGGCGGCGGCGGCGGCCGCGCGCGCCGAGCGCGUGGAUCACGCGGCGCACGAGCUGCGGCCCUGGCUGGCGGAGGCGCUGCGGGGGCGGUACCCCGAGCCUUACGUCCGCGCGCUGGUGGGCUCGGAGGUGGUGGCCCCCCCGGUCGUGCUGCUCGACGCGGGCGGGCGCUCCGUCGCCCACGUCCUGCAGGAGCUGGCCGACCUCUCCGUGGGGGCGCUGUUCGUGGAGGAGGCGCUGCGCCGGCAGGGGGUCGGCGCCUGGCUCCCUCGCUCAUGGGCGAGCAGCUGGCCGGCGCUGGCGUGCGCGCGGUCUCCCUGGCGGAGGUCGGCAGCGAGGCCGGCCUGGGCGUGCACGCCCGCGCAGGCUGGGAGCCUCGUGCCGGCGAGCUGGUGUGGCUGGCGUUCUCAGCGGCGGCAACGCCCGCACAUGCGCCGAAACAAAUUGCGGAGUAAAUGCGUGUUAACAGCUUGUAGUCGAAUUCUGCAGGUCCGCUCAGGUGUUUGGAACCUCGUCGGUUCGGCAGAGUGGCGCGAUUACGAUUUGCCGCGACGUCGUAGCCAGUGGAGACCGUGA